AAUUUAUUAGGCAACAGAUAAAUUGCGCAGUCCACUGCAAUUCGCCUACAAUCAACCCCUUCCCAUGGCGAUCUCUCUGCAAUUCUGUCGCAUCUCGACGACAACUGAAAUCCCUUUGCCCAAGGCCAAGUUUUCCCAGCUACGGAGGCCUUCUUUCCUCCGCUGCUCCGCCGCCAGAGGUGGCGAUGCCUCCUCCUCCGCCGUGGAAGCUGAAUCCGCCGAUUUUGACUCCAAAGUUUUCCGUCACAACCUCACGAGGAGUAAGAAUUACAAUCGGAAGGGGUUCGGGCAUAAAGAGGAGACUCUCGAGCAAAUGAGCCAAGAGUUUACGAGUGAUAUUAUUAAGAAAUUGAAGGAGAACGGUUACCAAUACACAUGGGGGAAUGUUACAGUGAAGCUUGCUGAAGCAUAUGGAUUCUGCUGGGGAGUCGAGCGCGCGGUUCAGAUCGCUUAUGAAGCUAGAAAACAGUUUCCAUCUGAGAACAUCUGGCUGACUAAUGAAGUCAUCCAUAACCCCACGGUUAAUGAGAGGCUUGAAGAUAUGAAUGUAAAGAUUAUCCCUCAUCACAAUGGGAAGAAAAAAUUUGAUGUGGUUGACAAGGGUGAUGUGGUGGUAUUGCCUGCUUUCGGAGCUGCUGUUGAUGAGAUGAGGAUUCUGAAUGACAAAAAUGUUCAAAUUGUUGAUACAACUUGCCCAUGGGUGUCUAAGGUUUGGAAUACUGUUGAAAAGCACAAGAAAGGAGAGUAUACUUCUAUAAUCCAUGGUAAAUAUUCUCAUGAAGAGACUGUGGCCACUGCUUCUUUUGCCGGGAAAUUUGUCAUUGUCAAGAACAUGAAAGAGGCCACAUAUGUAUGUGACUACAUCUUGGGUGGUGGACUCGAUGGAUCCAGCUCUACUAAAGAAGCAUUUCUUGAGAAAUUUAAAUUUGCGAUAUCCAAGGGAUUUGACCCUGACAAGGAUUUUGAGAAAGUUGGUAUUGCAAACCAAACUACUAUGUUGAAGGGAGAAACAGAGGAUAUUGGAAAAUUAGUUGAGAGGACCAUUAUGCGGAAGUACGGGGUGGAAAAUGCUACCGAACACUUCAUAAGUUUCAACACUAUUUGUGAUGCAACUCAGGAACGGCAAGAUGCAAUGUACAAAUUGGUUGAUGAUCCAGUUGAUCUCAUCCUAGUCGUUGGAGGAUGGAACUCAAGUAACACAUCACACCUACAAGAAAUUUCAGAAUUGCGUGGAAUUCCAUCAUAUUGGGUUGACACAGAGAAGAGGAUAGGCCCUGGAAACAAAAUUAGUCACAAAUUGAUGCAUGGCGAGUUGGUGGAGAAAGAGAACUGGUUGCCAGAGGGUCCUGUCACAAUUGGUGUUACAUCCGGUGCAUCCACUCCUGACAAGGUUGUUCAAGAUGUUCUGGAAAAGGUUUUCAAGUUAAAGAAUGCGGAACUAUUGCAAUCGGCUUAAACUCUGCUACGUGGUUCAACAUUGCUGUGAUCAGUUGGAAUCCAUCUGUUGGUUAAGCAGAGUAGUGCAUCUUGUUUCCCUGCUCUGUGUAAACCAUAUGUAGAUGUCUGUAUCAAUAUCGCGUAAACUAAAGUUCGCUGCCUUCCUUUCCACUCGGAUGUGCUCUCUCUGUAAGGAAAGUAUGCGCGAAUACUAUGCUUUGAUGAUAAAGAAAUUUUAAGUGUGAUAGCAUGCUCUGUGGCUGUAGAAGCAGUAGUUUUGUUCUCGGUUACAAUAAAAUUAUGUACUUUUGUAAUAAAACAACCUGCUAGUUAUGGGGAAAUAUGAUAUCGAAUACUACAAAAAAUUAAGAAUA